UAUCAAGCAGUAGUCUAGUUCCCGUGUGUAACUGCCAACCAUAUCGCCAUUUUCCCAAGCUUCCAAAAGGAGGGGAAGAAAUUUAAGCAGAACCCAUCGGGUAAAGUUGGGGACUUUUUGGCUGGCAAGAAACAGAGGAUACGAGAAAGAAAAAAAAAUAGAGCGAUGUUGAGCUCCCAAACCCUUCGACUUCUCGCUUUCGCAGCCUUCCUUUUCGCCGCUGCCGUGGCGGCAGACGGCGUCGUCGACCUCAGCGAGGACAGUUUCGAGACAGAGGUCGGCAAAGAUCGCGGCGCCCUCGUCGAAUUCUACGCUCCUUGGUGUGGGUUCUGUAAAAAGCUUGCUCCAGAGUAUGAGAAGCUUGGUGCAAGCUUCAAGAAGUCCAAAUCGGUGCUGAUUGCAAAGGUGGAUUGUGAUACACAUAAGAGCCUAUGUACCAAAUUCGGUGUUUCUGGAUAUCCAGCACUUAAAUGGUUCCCAAAAGGCUCCUUGGACCCUAAAAAGUAUGAUGGUGACCGUACUGCAGAAGCCCUGGCUGAGUUUGUUAAUUCUCAAGGAGGAACCAAUGUGAAGAUAGCUGCAGUACCAUCCAACGUGGUGGUAUUAACACCAGAAAACUUCGCUCAAGUUGUAUUGGAUGAGACUAAAGAUGUCUUGGUUGAAUUCUAUGCACCAUGGUGUGGUCACUGUAAAGAACUUGCUCCUACAUAUGAGAAACUUGCCACCGCAUUCAAAUUGGAUGAAGAUGUUGUGAUUGCUAAUCUUGAUGCAGAUAAGUACACGGAUUUGGCUGAAAAGUAUGGAGUGAGUGGUUUCCCCACCCUGAAAUUCUUCCCCAAGGGCAACAAAGAUGGUGAGGCCUAUGGCGGCGGCAGAGCAUUGGAUGACUUCGUGAGCUUCAUCAAUGACCAAUGUGGAACCAGCCGUGAUGGCAAUGGAAAACUUGCUCCCAAUGGUGGCAUUGUGUCGUCUCUAGAGAAUUUAGUGAAGGAGUUUGUUGCUGGUGGAGACGACGAGAGGAAGGGGGUGCUUGCAAGAAUGGGAGAAGAAGUUGGAAAGCUCAAAGGAAACCAUGCAAAAUAUGGUGAGAUUUAUGUGAAAGCUGCGAGGAGCUGUAUGCAGAAGGGUUCUGAUUACCCAAAGAAUGAAAUUCAGCGGCUGGAACGCUUGCUUGAGAAGUCAAUAAGUGAAGUAAAGGCAGACCAAUUCACUCUCAAGAAGAACAUCCUGUCAACCUUUGUCUAAUUCCUGGGACUGAUUUUUUUUAGCUGAGCUGAGUCCUUGGAAGUGAGUGGGGAGACAAUUUCAAUCAAGAAGGUGAAGUCACAUCCCCUUGGAGUUUUUUGUCUUUGAAUUAUUGGUUGUUCAUCUUCAACAAUACCCCUUUGGGAGGAAUCUAAAUCUACUAUUCCAAGGGACUUCGAUUCCCCCAACCUGUGCUUGGAGCCAAAGUUUAAGUGGGGAAAACACUUUUUCCCUUUUUCUCCAGAUGGGAUUGGCUUUAACCUUUCCCUCUGCUUGAUCUUCUCCCUUGUUCUCAAGGUAUAGUGAACUGCUCUGAUGUAGAUGGAAAACAAUUGAUAGAAAGAAAUGCUUUGUUGGCUGUUAGCCAUACAAUAAAUUUCCAUUUGCCAU